AUGGCGGGCCGCUGGCAGCCCCACAUGUAUGCAUCCUCAAGGGAUUCCAUGAUUGACAUCGACCCUACUCGGCCGACUUUCAACCCCAAGGCCAUUACCAUGGCCAGUCGCAUGCCGCCUCCACCGCCCAAGAAGAAGCAGGAAGGCCCUUUGAUCGACUUCAACAAACACCCGGACAGCUACCUCAUUCUUCCCUACGGUAACACAAAGACGAAGCCAAUGAGCCCCAAGACCAAGGUCUUCAUCGACAUUGCACGAUGGAUCCAGUUCGGUCUUAGGAUACUGACUCUCCUUGGUGCUGUCGGAGUCUUGCUUUGCGGCAUCUUCAUCCGGGGCGCUCAGGCCACAGAAGGCUACAUACUGAGGAUACCGCCUGGUGUAGACCUCGUCGUUUCUCUAUACGCCAUAUACCACCUAAUCCGUAAUCCCAAGACGCGACCAGCGGGUAGCUCAGCCAGCUACCACUUCUUUGCUCUUAUCACCGACGCUGGCUUCAUCCCGUUCUAUGUCUUCACCAUCCUCAUGGCUCGCCGUAACUCCGAUGAAACGGCUGCAACAAUUGGGCGUUGGCGCACUAUGUUUCCUACAGACAAUGAGACGAACAUAGUUCUGAUGACAACAUGGAUCACAGCCAUUGUCACUGGAGGUUUACAUCUGAUCUCAGCCGUCAUUGACAUGUACCUGGCUAUCCUGUUCCGAAAGAUCGCAAAGCUGCCACCGGACAUGAACCCACUUGAGGACAACUUGACCUCGCGUAGGAGGACCAAGCACAAGCACAAGAAUUCUUCCAUCUCCGCCAUCACACCUCUUACCUCGGAUCAGGAAAAGCGAUUCAGCGAUCAGAGCACUAUUUCUGGAGAUCGCGAUUCGAAAACUCCUUCGUACAUCUACAGCGAAAUCCCAAGCCCCAACAAAAGUCAAGUUGCUUUCAUGCACACGCGAACAGACUCGGAGACCACAUACUCCCCUCAUACGCCUGCUUCGGCGCGCCAAUCCAGGGAGCGUUUUUCCAUGUACUCUCAGCCUCCAUCCGCAUACCAGUCCCGCAAAGAGCUCAACACUCGUGAAGACCUGCUUAGCCAGGAUGAAGAUAACCAGACACUGGCUCAACGCAAGUCUAUGCUCUCUCAGCAAGCUAAUAUCAAGCGACACUCCCGAACCGACUCGUACAUCAACAGCUCGUCGAAACAAGACUUCCACAGUCGUCCGGCCACCGCACGGUCUUUGAAACAAGAAGCGUCCGGCGAUCUUUCUCUUCAGCGAAACUCCCAACAAAGCCUCAAGAAUGACAAUUGGUUCGUGCAUCCUGAUCAGGAAGACGAGUACGACGACAAUCACCUAUCUCCACCGCCCAAACAGUCAAUGUUCUCGACGAAUGGUAAAAAUGGCUACAAUACUAUCUCACGUUAUGAAGACGUCUCUGACAUGGAGGACGAAGCCGAGGUACCCAUGGUUCCCGAACCUCUGCGUAUGAACCCUCUCAGCCAGAACCCGCCCUCUCCUCUACCCUCUCCCCCACCGGCCGACGCCUUCGAGGAGAACAACCAAAAGAGCACGCCCCCGCCAGCCGGUCUUCAGCGUACCUUGACCACGACAUCAAUCUCCACCGAAAAGACCUUCGAUCGCUCGCAUUCCCGUUCCGGUACACCGAAAUCGCGCUACUACGGUAACCUCAAAGCUGCAACUGAAGGUGUCCGAAGUGCAAACUCGCCCUCAAACUCUCCGUCCAGCUCCCCAACAAAGGGGUCUUCUUUCCGCCAACAGCCAAACCAGUUCCCCAGCGCAACCAAGCAGUACGCUGUCAACACUCCUCCGCCUGUUCCGCAGCAUAAUUUGACCAACUCGCCAUUUACUCUUCACAAGAAGAGUUACACGAGUAUCAAGCGCACCGGAGAGGCGAACUACACUCCUGUCAAGGGACAGUCACCGCGAGUGAUCAGCCGGUCUGGUGUAGAUUACAUCAACCCAUACGAGUUUGACGACUCAGACCUGGGUAUGCCAGGGCGGAGGAGGGAUGUCAGUGGGAAGAUUGCUGAAGAGGGACGCGGUGGUGCGUGGGGCGGAAUGAAGCAAAGGACUGUCAGUGGUGUCGCGCAGGCUUAUUAG